AUGUCCCUCGCGGCAUCAGCGCAGCGGCCAUCCAGCAAAGACCGCCCCAACCAUGCUCGCGCGUCCCUGUCUGCACCCAAUGCGCCCCGCCUGCGCACCCCCAACGCGACACUGACCGACGACGCCAUGACAAACGGCAAUGCCGCACACGGUCUGGGGGAGGGGGCUGCCGAUCCGACGGCAGAGGAGGACCCCCGGGCGGCGCGCUGGCGAGAGCACUUCCUGCGCACCGAAGCACGUCUCAACGCGGUGCUGGGUGGUACGAACGCGGCCAGCCUGCUUGAUGCCUUCGAUGCUGCUCCCCAACCCUCGUCCGAUGAUGCUGUGCCGGCGCAUGACGCGCCCCCGGCCGUGACACCGAAGAAGUCCGCCCGCGUCAUCGACGAAGACGACUACGGCGACGAUGAGGACGACGAAGACGAAGACGACACGUGCACCUCGCCGCUACUUGCCAAGAGCGCCCUCAACCGUGUCGCUGCCACCCCUACCACGCCAAGCGUUCGCAUGCCGCCUCUCCCACACAAGUCCAGCCACGACCGGACAGGCACACCGUCGUCAGAGCAGACCAAGUCUUCGGAUGACGUACGCAAGCAAUUGCAGGAGGACAAGCAGGCUGCCGAGGAUGCAGCAAAGCACAGCUUCCACACACUAUUCUAUACCCUCGAGAGCGACCGCGAUGCCAUGCUAGAGCAGCAGAAGCUGGACGAGCUGGAUCGACAGGUAGAACAGGAGACAUCUGGCGCCCCAGCGAGCGUCCCCACCAAUGGCACUGCCGCCGCCGCACCCCAGCAAGGCACCCUCAGCACCACGAACCUCGGCGCAUCGAGUCUGACCCUGAAACACCUCAUCUCCCGCAUCGACGCCCAGCGAGACAGAGUACAUGCCACCGACGCCCAAUUGCGCAGUUUGAUCAGCGAAGUCCGCAAAAACAGGAGCAAGUGGGCGAACGAGGACCGUGUCGGCCAGGAGGAGCUGUACGAGAGUGUCGAGAAGGUCCUCAUGGAGCUCAAAGCUGGCGAACACGCACAUCCCUUCCUCCAACGUGUCAACAAGAGAGAAGCGCCGGACUACUACAACGUGAUCAAACACCCCAUGGACAUUGGCACGAUGAUGAAGAAGCUCAAGCAGCUGCAAUAUAAGUCGAAGAAGGAUUUCGUUGAUGAUCUGAUGCUAAUCUGGUCCAACUGCCUGAAGUACAACGCCGACCCCAACCACUUUCUUAGGAAGAAAGCUUUGCAUAUGAAGAAGGAGACCGAGAAGCUGGUACCGCUUAUUCCGGAUAUAACGAUUCGCGACCGUGCUGAAGUGGAAGCGGAAGAACGGAGGAUGCGUAACGGUGAUAUCGAUGCUGAUGGUGCUGACGACAGCGAAGACGACGCACCCAUCAUGGCAUCUCGAGGCCGCAAAGCGCCUAGCAAAGGAGGGAAAGGAGGAAGCAAUGCAAGAAAGGCCCCACCUGCAGGCUCAGAAGGCACACCGGGACCAGAGCCUAAGCCCGCCGCGCCAGCGUUGAACAGCGCUGUCUCCAACCUCAAGAACGAGUUCCAACGUGCUGAUUCCGAGAUGGAAGGAAGCGUGAAUGGAUUCUCAACACCUCCGCCCCCUGGCUCUCUGACACCCUUUGGAGCUAAUGGCGUUUCGCGAAAUGGCGCUCUUGGCAGCCAAGCCGAUUUCUCAGAAGUGGAUGGUACCGGUGCCUCUGUUAACGGUUUCGCCUUGGAAGAAGACGCCGAUCUUGAUGACCUGGAGUACAAAACUUGGAAGCAAGUGACCAAGAAGGAUCGAGCUACAAUCGCCGCCGAGCGACACCGUCUUUUUCGUGAUGACAUUCUUCAGUCCGAGGAACCCGCACUCCUCCGUUCCAAAGCUGGCAUGCGAAGAUGGCUGCGUCAUCGCAAAGAGGCGGAGGCGGAGGUUGCUAAAGACGCCGUCUCUGCGCCUGAUGGCAAGGAUGGCGUUCAAACAGUUGCUGGUGAAUCUUUGGCCGAGGGUAUCCAGGACGAGGAAGAGCGACAGAUCCCAGACUACUACGACCCACUUUGCGCGAUACCGGAUCUCAACGAGACCCUGCAGUGGGUUGAGGACGCCGAAGGGCACGUUGUCCAGCAACGCGAGGAAUACAUGCGCAUAUUUCCUAAGGGCCAGUUCACAGCACCAGACAGUGCUUUGACGGAAAGGAUGGACAAAAACAUGAACUCGCUACAAGAAACCAGGAAAAUAUGUGCCAAGAUUGGUAUUGUCAAGCAAAUGCAGCUCCAAUCCCAGCUGUAUCAAAACCAGUUCCAGAAGUACGAGCCUCAGCCUUUCCACGAAGCAGACAUCGAGCCAAUGGUAGUGUCAGAAGAGGGACCGCCGAUGGCACCCUAUGUCUGCCGCGCAGCUCUGCAGCGUAGUGUGGGCAAGAUCUUUUACCACGCUGGUUUCGAAGAGUUCCAACCUUCUGCUCUGGACGCUGUCACCGACAUUGCAGCUAGGUUCUUCCAGAAUCUGGUGCAAUCCUUUGGCAUCUACCACGAGACUCCGAAGAUGAAGACGGACACUCCGGUUGCUAUGGAAGAUGGAAGCUUGACGAGCUGGGUGCCACGCUUCAGUCAAGAAGAGGCUCUUCUCCACUCAUUGCACGUCAACGGUGUCGACCUUGAGUCCUUGGAGACAUACGUUAAGGAUGAUGUCGAGAGACUCGGCACGAAGCUGGCCGGUAUGCAUGACCGAAUGCGCGCCUACUACGCUGAGCUCCUCCGACCGGCCCUGGACAACGUCGGUGCAGAUGGCGCUGGUGCUUUCAACGACGGCAGCGAGCAGUUCGUUGGCGGUGACUUUGCGGAAGAUAUCGGCGAAGACUUUUUCGGUUUCAAGGAACUUGGACUCGACCGCGAGUUUGGCCUUACAUUCAGUGUACCACUGCACUUACUGCAGAACCGAGUACACAAUGCCUACGCCAGACAAGACAAUAGGUAUGACUCCCCGUAUGACUCUCAUUUUCCCUUUACUAACCAGAACAGCAAUGUUGCUACCACGGGCAACAUUAUGGAAGAGCCACCAAAGUUCGAGCCUGUCACCAAUCAGCUCGCCGAGGGCCAGAUCGGCCUCGUCCGGGACUGGCUUCUCAACAAACUACACAACAACAGCGACGGAAGUCUUGUGGAAGACGAUGAUCUUCCACCAAAGCAGCGCUUCCCCAAGCCUCGAUUGCCACCAACGGGCAAAAUCUCUAGUCCUCGCAAACGUCCUCUGCGGGAACAGCAACAGAUGGCUCGCAAGAAGCGCAAGCUUGACGAGGAAAGAGAGGAGAAUGGCGAACCGCCUGCGCCUGCUGGCAUUCUCAAAGGCAUCGGGAAACCGAUCGGCAAGCUCAAGUUGGAGCCUCGCCAGGACGCACACAGCGUCCAAGAACCCGAAAAAGACGACGGUAGCGGCAUGCCGAGCCCACCUGAGUCUUUUUAG